GCAAAGCACAAACCAAAACAACGAACACCAAAAAAGCAGCCACGGACAAGCAAGCAACAAGCAAGCAGCCACUAACAAGCAAGGAUGAGCCAGCCAGAGACGAAGAAGAGCAAGCAGCAGGCGUACUGCGUUGGCUUGAAGGAUGUGCAGGCUGCACAGGACCGCAUCAAGGGCCUUGCCCACCGCACGCCACUGCUCACCUCCACAACCAUGGACAAGCUCAGCGGCCGCCAGCUCUUCUUCAAGUGUGAAAACCUCCAGCGAGGUGGCUCGUUCAAGAUCCGAGGCGCCUUGAACGCCGUCAAGAUGCUGGGCGAUGAUGUGAAGGACGUGGUCACCCACAGCAGCGGCAACCACGGACAAGCUUUGGCCCUGGCCGCCAGCCUGCUUGGCAAGACGGCCCAUAUUGUCAUGCCAGACAACGCCCCAACAGUGAAGCGUGCAGCAGUGGCAGGGUAUGGUGCGAAGAUCACCACGUGCGAAUCGACGCAGCCGGCACGCGAGGCCGCAGCACAGGCCGUGCUCGAGGGAGUGAACCCGAAGAUUGAGAUUAUCGCUGCUGAGCCCGCAAAUGCUGACGACUGCUACCGCAGCAUGGCCUCAGACACACACGUGCGCCUCGACAAGUACCCAGCCCAGCGGCUGGUGUGGGAGCGGAUGAAGCUCGUGAUUGAGCCGUCGGCCGGCGUAUCUGUUGCUGUUGCGUUGAGCGAUGACUUCAAGGCGUAUGCCGGGGAUCGCCUGAAGAAGGUUGCAGUGGUGCUGUGCGGCGGCAACCAAGACCUCGACAAGAUCCCAUGGGUCGUCAACCCAGCCUGGUCAACCACCACCACCACCACCACCUCUUGA